AUGUGGAAUGCGAUUGGCAGGGAGGUACUACUCGGCAUCACGGGCAAGGACUUCACUAUCAUCGCAGCUUCCAAAGCUGCCAUGCGUGGUGCAACCGUUCUGAAGACUGCCGACGACAAGACGAGAGCGCUGAACAAGCACACAUUGAUUGCAUACUCUGGAGAGUCGGGCGACACCGUGCAAUUCGCCGACUACAUCCAAGCAAACUCCCAGCUCUACUCGAUGCGCAAUGAGACAGACCUCUCCCCCUCCGGCCUCGCCAACUUCGUUCGCGGCGAGCUCGCAUCGAGCUUGCGGUCGCGGAAGCCGUACAACGUCAACCUGCUCCUCGGCGGCGUCGAUCCCAUCACACAGAAGCCCGCACUGUAUUGGCUGGACUACCUCGCGUCGCUGGCACCCCUUCCAUAUGCCGCCCACGGCUACGCACAAUACUACUGCUUGUCGAUUCUCGAUAAACACCACCACCCCGACAUCACGCUCGGCCAGGGCAUCAAGAUCCUCAACUUGUGCACGGACGAGCUCAAGAGACGGUUACCGAUCGACUUCAAGGGCAUGACAGUCAAGGCCGUGACCAAGGACGGAGUCGUGGACAUAGAGUUCGACGACGACAAGGUGGUGAAGGCUGCUUGA